CUAUAAAACCACUGGUACUGACAUAAACAAACUACUUUUCCACGUAUUCAGCAUUUUCUAAGCUACAAUUCUGGGAUUUUGAUAUGUCUUCGUGGAUAACGGGAUUAGCGGAUAAGGCAGAGAAUAUAUUAAAUAAAAUAGACCAGAAUGCUGCUACAGCUUUGCAUACGGAAGCUGGUCCAGCGUUAGAUGCUAUGAAAAGCAGUCUAACCAGCAGCACACAAUCUUUGAAAACAACACUCUCUCCAAUUAAGCGUCCCACCAGCAACAGUAGUACACCCAUGUCUUUGUCCAUGGUCGGUAAUAGUGCCUCUAGCAGCAAAAGCGACGGCUCCCAAGUGCUGACCACAGAGCUACGGCAAAAGUUACCUACAUCGUCAAGUUUUUCAGUCAAUCCAGACGGGAAUGGUAUGGACACACAUGAAUUGGCAGCUUUCAAGAUAGCCCUUAAUGAUAUCACCAGUGAGCGUGAUGAGUUGCGUAUGCGACUUGAUGGACUCAAUCAUGAUAGCGAGAAUCUUGGCCUGAAACAGCGAGCUCAGGAAUUAGAAAGUGUAACACAAACUUUAUCCGAAGAACGCGACAAGGCUGUACAAGAGCUGAGCGAGGCGCAAGCAGCCCAAAUGGCUUACGUACACUCCAUAUCUGAAUUAGAAACGAAUCUCGCUAAGCUGCAGCAGGAAUACGUGAGCACAGCACAUAAGUUACAAAUGCAAACCAAGGAGACGGAUCAACAGCGUCUCGAGCUACAAGAGUAUCGGGCGAAAGCUCAGCGGGCACUCCAAGGGAAAGAUGCGCUUAUUGCUGAGCUGAAGCAAAAUCCGAUUGCAGAAGGUGGCGAACUGGCUGCCAAGGACAGUGAAACGCGUUUCUUGCAAAUCGAACUUGACUCUCUAAAGCAGGAGUUGCAACAUGCCAGCGAGGAGCAGCAGCAACUGCGCUUGCAGCUGGAUGACUAUAUGGCAUUGGAGCGUCAACACGAGUUGGAGCUCGGCGUCGCUCGUCAGCGUGAAAAUGCACUCAACAAAGAGCUUCGUACAGCUCGCGAGCACAGUUUGGCCAUCGAAUCGGAGCAACGCAUGCUGACACAAGAGUUGUCUUCGCUGCGUCAACAGAUGAGCAAUCAAAUGGCCGCCGGUGCCACUCGAUUGCAUGAAAUGGAGAAACAGUUGCAACAGCAGCGACAGCUUGUUAGCGAAGCUGGCUUCACAAGUGUCAAAAAUGACUAUGAGAAUCGUUUAAAAGCGCUCACGCAAUCGCUGGUGGAGCGUCAGGGUUUGCUGGAACGCGUCACAGUGGAGCGCAAUGCACUGCGUUUGCAGCAUGAAAACAUACAGGCGCAGCUGCAGCAAAACAUGCAUUCGCUAGAGUUGGGCCAUCAACGUGGAGGCUCGAGUUCGCGCAAUACGCUGAUUUCAAAUAGCACAGAUGACGCCAAGGCACAAUUUCCACUGCUCAUGUAUCCUAGUCCAUUUGACAACCGCGUUGCGCGCCGCUUUAAGCGUGCUCUGCGCCAAGCGGAUUCCGUGGGCAUACGCGUUGGAGCCUUUCUACGACGCUAUCCAAUGAUGCGUAUCUGCAUGAUAGUUUACGUUGCGUUGCUCCAUCUUUGGGUUAUGUUUGUGCUGCUCUCCACGACUCCCAAUUGAAUAGACAAAUGGACACCUGUUAGAUAUUUUUUGGAUUCUAAUUUCAAAGAUUGCAUAUUAAUUAGUAUUAUAUA